AUGCUUUCCAUCCUUCGCAAAGCUCGGUUGAAGGAUAAGGAGAUGCGCAUCCUGAUGCUAGGACUCGACAACGCCGGAAAGACGACCAUCGUCAAAAAGAUUAUGAAUGAAGAUGUCAACACUGUCAGCCCGACGCUAGGCUUCAUUAUCAAGACUAUUGAUUUCCAGGGUUACAAACUCAAUAUCUGGGAUGUCGGGGGCCAGAAGACUAUAAGAUCAUACUGGAGAAACUAUUUUGAAAAGACCGACGCACUCAUCUGGGUAGUGGACGCAACAGACCGGCUGCGAAUGGAUGACUGCAAGAUGGAACUGAAGGGAUUGUUGCUCGAAGAGCGGUUAGCCGGAGCAAGUCUGUUGGUCUUCCUGAACAAGACCGACGUCGCAGGGGGGAUGACCAAGGAAGAAGUCACGCAGCUGCUUGACCUUGAGCGCAUCUUGACCCAUCGUUGGGUUGUCGUUCCUUGCAGUGCAAUGACUGGCGAGAACCUGGAGAAAGGUCUGGAUUGGGUGGUGCAGGACGCUCGGGAUCGGUUGUUUUUGUACUGA